UUGCAUUUAUAAUUACUCUUGAUCUAUAGAAAUAUUUAUCAUAGUUUAAAUAGUAUUUCUAGCAAUAUUAUUUAUUUUAAUCUACUAUGAGUAAUAAAGUAGUUCAUUUUUUAUAGAAAUUCACUAGAAUAAAGAAAUUUCAGGUUUCACUUAUCAUUGUUUACCUCCCUGUUUGCAUAAAUAAAAAACUACCAAAAUGUUGAUAAAGGUUCGAACUAUUGAUGGAAAAUUAGAAAAGAAUUUGGAGAUCUCUAAACUUAUGACUAUUGAAGAUUUCAAGAUUAAUGUAGCUAAUAAAUUCAGGACUGAGACAUCUGUAAUUCAGUUAUACUAUCGAGGAAAACGUUUAGAAGAUGGAUAUAGAAUCUGUGAUUACAAAUUAAAUUAUCAAGAUGUUGUACAGUUAUUAAUUCCAUUAAAAAACUGUGAAAAUAGACCUACUAAUUCAUCUCUUCAAACUCAUAAUGCAUUGUAUACUGAAGAAAUGAAUAUUGCUGCUCAAGAAAGCAACAGCUGUGGUUCGGAAUUUAAAGAUAAACUAUCUAGUGAUCUAGACGAAGCAACAAGUUGUUUGUAUAAAAUUGGAGAUCCUCUUGAUUGUAUUGACGAAACAAACGGUGCAUGGUUCGAAGCUACAAUCAAGAAUAUUUUUCAUUCUAAAGCUAACAGUUGUUUAGUUUAUCGUGUUCAAUGGGUAUUUUUGGCAGAUGAUGAACUUUUUGAUGUUCACGAAAAUAUGAUAAGGCCCCGGGCCAGAAGACUUAUUCCAGCUGAUAAAGUAAAAUCUGGGAUGAAAGUAAUGAUUAAUUAUAAUAUAGAAAAUCCAAGUGAGGAUGGAUAUUGGUAUGACUUUACUGUGAAGAAAAUAAGAAAAAAUAAGUCAGGGAUUCAGCUUUCUGGAAUUCUUCACGUUGGAAGUGGAGUAAAUGCUACAACAAUAAAAAAUUGCACUGUGAAUCCAAAAAAUGAAAUUUUUCUAAUCGAAAAUCCCAUGAAUAUAUCAAACAAUCAAAUUAAUUCGAAUCCCAGACGAUUAUUUAUAACAUGCAAAAUUUGCAUGGAUGACAAUACUAAAUUAUGUCGAGAAUGUGGUUGUAAUAUUUGUUCCGGGAAACAAAAUCCCCGGAAAAUAAUUUUAUGUGAUGAAUGCGAUAAAGCUUAUCAUAUUUCAUGUUUAGUUCCUUCUCUUGAAAAAAUUCCGCAAGACGAUUGGUAUUGUCCUAAAUGUAAAAUUGAUGAAAAUCUUGUCAUUAAAGCUGGAGAAAAACUAAGACCUAGUAAAAUAAAGAUAAAGACUGAACUUAAAAAAGGUCAAAAAGAUUGGGGUCGAGGAAUGACAUGUAUGGGGCGAAUAAAAGAAUGUACAAUAGUACCAAUAACUCAUAAAGGUCCAGUGCCUGGAAUCGAAGUUGGAAUGAGUUGGAAAUAUCGAUUGCAGGUUUCAGAAGCUGGAGUACAUCGUCCUCAUGUGGCUGGUAUUCAUGGACGUGAAAGUGAAUGUGCAUAUUCAUUGGUGUUAUCAGGUGGAUAUGAAGAUGAUGUAGACAAUGGUAAUGAAUUUAUUUAUACUGGCUCAGGUGGUAGAAAUCUGUCAGGCAACAAACGAACUGCUGCUCAAAGUAGCGAUCAAACAUUAACAAAAAUGAAUAAAGCUCUUGCACUAAAUUGUAACGCUGAAUUUAAUGAUAUUGAAGGUGCAAGUGCAACUAAUUGGCGUGAAGGAUUUCCAGUUCGAGUAAUAAGAGCUGCAAAAAUGAGGAAACAUAAGCAAGCAGCAAAAUAUGCACCUGAACAGGGAUUUAGAUAUGAUGGUAUAUAUAAGGUUGUAAAAUAUUUUCCAGAAAAAGGAAAAAGUGGUUUUAAAAUUUGGAGAUAUCUCUUGAGAAGAGAUGAUCCAAUUCCUGCUCCUUGGACUCCAGAAGGUAAAUUAAGAAUUGAAUCAUUAGGAUUGAAAAUGAUCGAUUAUAAUUCACCUAACAAAAUAUCUCCAAUGAAAGAUAUAAAUGAAAAAAUAAAUAAAAAACAUCCACAAGUAAAUAAAAUUAAUAUUUCAAAGCGUAAAAGAACAGAUGAUGAUGAAGAGAAUAAAGAAAUAAGCGAACAAUCAACUAAACGCAACAAAUCAACAAUUUAUGAAUUGGAAAAGGAAUUAGUGGAGUUAAUAAAAAUGGAUAAAUUAAAUAAUAAACUUUGGAAAGAUUGUUGUUCUUUUGUUACAAAAGGAAAAAUUACUUUUAUUGAAAAUAUUGCUGACAGAUUCACGUGUGUUUGUUGUCAAGAAAUUGUUUGGAAACCUACAACGACUCCAUGUUCUCAUAACAUCUGUCAAACGUGUUUGAAAAGGAGCUUUAAAGCUAGUGUUUAUUGUUGUCCGAUUUGUCGUCAUCCUUUAGGAGAGAAUUUUUUGAUGGAGAUUAACAAACCUCUUGCAUCAAUACUUGAUUAUUUAUUUCCUGGGUAUGGCAGUGGCCGAAAAUAAUACUGACCACCGACAAAAUUUAUGUCGAUGUUAUCGGAACAAUGGCACAUUACUUAACGACAAACAUUCAUACACAGUUGUAGUUUCGGUUUUAUUAUAACUUGAUAAAAGGAUAAUAUAAAUUUUGUGAUAUUAUUUAUCAAAAAAUGAGUAUUAGUUAUAAUUAAGUGUCUUUUAGUGAAUUUAAUUAUCUAAAUUACGAAAAUAAAGUAAUACUUUUAAGAGGUUAUGUUGUGUAAUUUAGAUGAAAAUAUUUAUUUUUAACAAAAUUAUGUGGAUAAUCAGUUAUUUAUUUUUGACAAAAAAUUGACAAUACGUAAUGACAUUAGAAA